CUACCGGGAUACGUUUCCCGGGGACACCAGGAAGCGAUGAUGGAGCCUUUGGGGCUUUUCUUCUCGCCUCCUUCCUUCCCGUAGGUGACCCAGGAAGUCAGGGCGCGCUCGGCUAACCGGGGCUGCCGGCUGCCCCAGGAAGGCGGAGAAGGGCGAGGAAGGGAGGCUGAGCAACGGCUGGGAAGGCAGAGCCAGGAGUGCGGGCUUACACACCCAGCAGAGAAGCCAUGACAACGUUGAUCCACCGAGGGAAACGCGUGGAAGUCGGGAGGCAUGCAGAAAAGCGGCUGGAGGCCGAAGAACACGCUGUGGUCAACCAGACUUUGGGCGAAGAGGAUCCCGGAGACUCCAAGGACAUCCGUCUUACUCUCAUGGAAGAGAUCUUGCUUUUGGGUCUGAAGGACAAAGAGGGCUACACAUCUUUCUGGAAUGACUGCAUUUCUUCGGGGCUGCGAGGGGGCAUCCUUAUCGAGCUGGCCAUGCGAGGGAGGGUACAGCUGGAGCCCCAGUCCAUGAGGAAAAAACGCCUGCUGGAUCGGAAGGUCCUCCUCAAGUCGGAUGCCCCAACUGGAGAUGUGUUGCUUGACGAGACCCUCCGCCAUCUCAAGGCCACCGAGCCGGCCGAGACGGUGCAGACUUGGAUUGAGUUGCUCACCGGUGAAACCUGGAACCCCUUCAAGCUGCAGUACCAGCUGCGCAACGUCCGCGAGCGGAUUGCCAAGAACCUGGUGGAGAAGGGCAUCUUGACCACCGAGAAGCAGAACUUCCUCCUCUUCGACAUGACCACCCACCCGGUCACCAACACCACGGAGAAGCAGCGGCUGGUGAAGCGCCUGCAGGAGAGCCUCCUCGACAGGUGGGUCAACGACCCCCACCGCAUGGACAGGAGGACUUUGGCGCUGCUGGUCCUGGCCCACGCCUCCGACGUCCUGGAGAACGUCUUUGCCAGCCUGGUGGAUGAGAAGUACGAGGUGGCGAUGAAUAGGUCCAAGGACCUGAUGGAUAGGGACCCCGAGGGGGAGGCCGCCAAGGCAGCGGGCACCGAGAUGAUCUGGGCCGUGUUGGCGGCCUUCAAUAAAUCCUAAACCCUCCCUGGCGCGCGCCUGAAGUUGGUUCCAAGCGGCUUCGGCCCCCUUUUUUUGUCCUCCAGGAAGGAAGCCCGUGGCUUGGUGGUGCCUUUCCCACCUUACUCUGAGCUUUUUGGUGACUGCGGCUUGCCAGGCCCACCGUCGGCCUUUGAAGCUGGGCCUGAAGAGCUCCGUUCUGUUACAGCCCUACCUUCACACACACACACACACACACACUCUUCACACUGUCACACCUUCGUCUGGGGAUCAGCCGAGAAGUUCGUGCGUUGCUGUUCCUCUGGAUCCCUGGUUGAUUCCCCUCCCCGAGACCCCCAUGUUAAAAUGAAGGGACAAAAGGACAGUUCUUUCUCUCUGCCCCCCUCCCUCCUCUUUGCUCUCUCUUCAAAUCCUCCUCUUUCCCGCCGUAUGGAGGAGUGUGGGGGGGGGGAUUCAUUUCAGUGGGUGUGUUUUGUUCCCCCUUUUUAAACCUCACGAUCUCAACCUCAAUUUGGGUUUUUUUUUGGGUCCUGCCAGGUUUUCUUCCUCUCCCCUCCCUCCCCCAAUAAGAGUUCCUUUGCUUUCCCCCCUCCCUUUUCUUCUUCCCCCUUUCUGCUCAUGCUGUUCUUCUGUUUGCUGAAUUACAGCCCACGUCUCUAUGCAAUCCCCCCCCCCGUGUUUGGUUUUUCCGCUUUUUUUGGGACGCAAAGAUAACGCGGAAGAGUCUUGGCAACUUAUGAGUGACGCCCCCCACCCCCAGGUUGCUUCCUCCUGGUACAGCCGUUCGGAUGCCGUGCCAGUUAGAUUAAAAGGGCAUCGAAUCUUAAAGAGUUCAACCAGAGUUAACAUUAUACAAACUGGUUAUAGGUUGUUGUGUUUUUUUUUCUCUGGAAAGGGGCUGGGGUUAAAACCAUUCUAUUUUAUGCGACUUUAUCUUGUGAGACUUUUGUAAGAGGCCCGUUGGCCUCGACGGGGCGUGCUUUAGAGCCUGUUUCCAGAAACCAUGAGGUCUAGAAACCUGGAGCUGGAUUCGAACGGGAGCUGGAUUCCAGGCCCGCUACGUAAAAUUGUACCUUAAACGCUUGUGGUUCCGCUCACAACUCCGUGUACUUUAGUUUAGUGCCUUACCAUGCGUUCCCAGGGGGUGUGUGUGUGUUGAGGCUCCCUGAGCCGCGAGUUAGAACCUACCCUUGGAAGCUACUACAACGCACGGCCGAGGCUUCCCGGCUCGUCCGGGGUUGAGCCUGCAAAGGGUUCCAGGGUCUUGGAAGAAGCAUGGUUUCCGUGGGUUUGUAGUCUCUUAGAGGCUGUUGCCUCGUUAUUAAACUCUUUCCUUUCCUUUGAAA